AUGACCAUAUCACAAAUCAGCCACCUCAAAGCGGGUAUCAAUAUUGAAGGUUUCGAACAUAUAAUGAACUUCCGAAGACAACUAUUCAUUAAACGCGAAGACAUUCCUAAACUCCCAAAUUCACUAAUAAUUACGACAAACGAAUCUCAUUUCAGAAUUUUCUUCACCGAUGGCAUAGUAACUUGUUUUCUAUGCAAAGCCAGCGGACACAUCUCAAAUAAUUGUAAAAAUAUAGUUGAUACACAAGAAAAAAGUACAACAUCCAGCCCAAACGAACUAAACAUACCCUAUGACUUUACUAUAAAUCACACCGAAUUAAUUGAAAACAUCCGCUCUCCAACAAGUCCAACGAUUGAUAUACUUGAUCAAACCCAUUCGGAUUUGACCGAAAAUCUCGAAGAAACCAAAUUUUUCCAUUUAUCUCAAAGUCAUCUCGACGAAGCACCGUCACGCGCACCAAUUGAAACACAGAAACGACUGAUGUCCGAUUCUUCAUCCUCCAAACCUCCGGACUCCCGUAAUGCUUUAUUGCCAUCUACCUUAGCCAAAAAAAAUGAAAAAACCACCAAGAAACCCAAAUUACAAUCCCGCUCAAAUUCGUCCAGCAGUCUCGAUACAAAUGUAGAUGAAAAACUAAAUCCAAUCAUCGAUCACUUCACCGCCAACGAAUCCUUACCAAUCACAUACAUUCAAUUCAAAUACAUCCUGGACAACUUUAACAAUAAAUCAAUGAAUAUACACACACUCAUCGAAAGUAUAAACACAAGCAUCCCAACCUUAAUUGACAUAAUCGAACAAAUUCACCCUAAAAUAAAGGACAAAGCACUCAAAUCACGCCUAACGAAGCUUAGAAAUCUGUUUUUCCAAUCUCAACCUCUUAAACAAAGUUAUACCAAAAACUAA